CCCAGUCGAAACCCUAAUUGAGUGAAGCAGAAGAAGAAGGGAGACGAGCUUUGGGGUGUUCUAGGGUAUUGGAGAUUGAGCAAAACUAAUAUGGGAAGGAAAAUAAGGACAUCUUUGGAGUUCGAAUCAGGAAAAGAGAAGAAAACGCACAAGAAAAAGGGGAAGGACAAAGCAAACAAGGAUGAAUUUGAAAGAAAUUUGUCUGUGCUUGAUGUUGGUAGGGAUGAAAUGGCAAAGGAAGUUGAGGAUCCAAAAUAUGACAAGAGUGAUGGAAUUCAUAUGAAUAGUGGAGAAAGAGCCAAUAAGAAAAAGAAAAGGAAGAGGGAAAAGGAGGGAGAUGGGAUGAUUAUAGAGAAUAUGUCUAAUAAAAAGGAGCUCAUUAAUGAAGAGGAGAAAGUUGGGAAAACCCUGGAGAAUGUGGACUCCACUGGUCAUGUAAAGAAGAGAAAGAAAAUCCUUGAGGAUGGCAUAACGGGUAUGGCGACUGAAUAUGGAGAUGUUGCAAUCAUAACCAAAAAUGGAGGAAAGAAAAAGAAGAAAGAGAAGAGGGAAUACACGGGGUGUGAACUGGAGCGGAAUACCGUAAGUAAUGGAAUGGAGGCUGAAGUAGCAAGUCAACAAUUAGAAGGGUGUACUGUGGACACAACUGGUUUAGUACUUGAGGAGAGGAUGAAAGAGAAGAGAAACCGUGGAAAGAAAUUAGGAACUGAAAUGCAGGAUUCUGUGGCUGAAGAUGCAGGCACUGACUCUAACAGAAAAUCAGAUGCUGUAAAUGUAGAAAAUAGUAAGAAAAGGAAGAAGUCCAAGUCGCAGAAACAUGGUAUUGUGGAGGUUUGCUAUCAAGACAAGAAAAAGACCAGGUCAAGCUCAAGUAAAGGUAACUUAAGAUCCCAAAAAAGCAUCGGGGCUCCUGACAACUCUGAAAAAUCAGCACCUAAAAAAGCAUUGAAAAGAGUUAGUUUUGCUGAUGAUGUGGAGGUCUACUCAUUGUCUGAUGGCUCAAGUGACGAGCAUGACGACCUUGUAAGAGGUAAACGGUUUUCAGAAGAAGAAGAUAAGAUUGUGAAAGAGGCUGUUUUAAGAUACAUAGAGGAACGUGCUUUAGGCAAUGAUGGCCUCGACAUGGUUAUGCGUAGUAAGUCUCACCCUGAAGUCAAAAACCACCCAGAAUUGAAAACUUGUUGGAAGGAUAUUGGCGCGGCCUUACCAUGGAGACCCUUCAAAAGUGUAUAUUAUAGAGCCCAUAUUUUGUUUGAACGAGCCGAGAAACGUAAAUGGACACAUGAAGAGUAUGAAGAGGUAAGAAAAUUCCAAAAAGAUAAGGGAGCUGAUUGGAGAACUUUGGGCGACAAGCUUGGCAAACAUAGAAUUCAUGUCAAGGAUGCAUGGCGGCGUAUAAAACUGCCAAAUCAGAAGAAAGGACGGUGGUCUCAAGAGGAGUACGAGACUUUAUUUGAUUUAGUGAACAUGGAUCUGCGUGUGAAGGUUUUCGAGGAAAAGAAAACCAAGCAUGGCAUGCUGCGAGACAACAUUUGCUGGGAGGCAAUCAGUGAAACGUUGGGGACAAGAACAAAUGCUGUUUGCAGCAUGAAGUGGUAUAACCAGUUAACAUCACCAUUAGUAAGCCAAAAGUUGUGGGGCGAUAUUGAUGACUACCGGCUGCUUGAUGCUCUCAAUAGGUUGGAUGCGUGCUGUAUUGAAGAUGUUGAUUGGGAUGAUCUGCUUGAGCAUAGGCCUGGAGAUGUUUGCCAAAAGCGAUGGUAUCAAAUGGUCAAACAUAUCGGUCAGCAUGCACUGAAGUCCUUUCCUGAGCAAGUGGAAGUUUUAUCUAAACGUUAUCUUGCCGAUUUAAUUGAAGCGAGAGAAAUCUAUGCUAAUAAACCUGCAGUUGACUGAGAGUUAUUUGGUGUCAACCGGGUGAUAUACUUGAAGCAUAUGAUGGUGUAGUGUAAACACUACUUGUGUAAGAUUGGUAUAACUGGCAUUAGAAUGCCUUUUCUUUUUAGUUUUUGCUCAUUUGGUAUCUUACAUGUAUGUAUAUGUCCUUUCUUUUGAAACUAUUUUCUGCACUGUUGUAAAACUAUGGUACUUGCACCAAUUUACAGUGUCAGAUUAGGGUUGGCUCUCUAUUCCAAAGAAAUGAAAGUCUAUUUU